AUGGCUUCCGCUUCGUCGAGCCGCUCCUUCCCUCGGAUUGCGGAGGUUCGGGCGUACGUGGCGUCGGUGCCAGAUGAGAAGCAACACGUGCAAGGUGCAGAUUGCCAUGACGUCGCAGACCAGCACUGGAUCAAUGGAAAUUUACCCUGCGAAGGUGAGCUCCUGCCCAUCGCCAAUCCCAUGUCGGUGCAUCCGCCUUACAAGCGCUUCCGCAAGAGUUGGGGGAUCAAUGCCAUGGGCAGUAUGGUGGUGGAGGUUGAGGCGGAGGAUGGUACCUGCGGCGUAGGUGUCACCAUUGGCGGCGAGGCAGGCUGUUACAUCGUGGAGCAUCACCUGAGCCGUUUCUGCGAGGGACAGGAUCCGCGCAACAUCGAGCUGAUGUGGGACCAAAUGUUCCGCGCAACGGUCAACUAUGGUCGCAAGGGUCUUCCCAUCCAAGCGAUAAGUGCGGUUGACUUGGCUCUCUGGGACUUGCUGGGAAAGUUGCGCCAGGAACCCGUUUACAUGCUGCUGGGAGGUGCUACGAAGCCCUUUCUACCCAUGUACACCACCACCAGUCGCCCUGAGCUGGGCAAAGCCAUGGGCUUCGUGGCCUGCAAGGUGCCGUGUCCCUUCGGCCCGGCCGAUGGCGCGGAAGGCUUCAAGAAGAACGUCAAGUACCUGAAGGAGUGCAGGGACAAGGUGGGUCCGGACUUUCCGUUGAUGCUGGACUGCUACAUGGCCCUCACGGUGCCCUACAGCAUCACCCUGGCGCGUCGCCUGGCUGAGCGCGAUCUGCACUUCACGUGGAUGGAGGAGUUCCUGCCGCCCGAUGCCUAUGAUGGCUAUGAGGAGGUCAUGAAGGCGGUGGUCAACCUGGGACUGAUGCUGACCACCGGGGAACACGAAUACACCAGGUGGGGUUUCAAACAACUGCUGGAUAAGAAGGCAGCGCACAUCCUGCAGCCUGACAUUACAUGGCUGGGGGGCAUCACGGAAGCACGACGCGUCAUGGUCAUGGCUUCAGCCAGUGAUGUGCUGGUGGUGCCGCAUGGGUCUUCCAUCUAUUCGUAUCACUUGCAAUUCGCAUUUACCAACGCGCCCUUGUGUGAGUUCAUCAACCUGUCGCCGGAUGCCGCCUCCAUCCAGCCCUACUUUGGUGGCUUGUUCCCUGACGAACCGUUGCCGAAAGACGGGAAGAUCACGCUGGAGCAGCUGUCCAAGCCCGGAUUCGGCUGCACCCUGAAGAAGGACGGCCUACGACGGCCCUACGCGCGUUCCGCGGACGCCAGCGCAGCCAACCGGCGCCGGCAGACGUUGGGAGAUGCCCAGAAGCCGGCGACCAUGCCGUUGAUGGGACCCGCGUGGAUGUGCAUCACUUGGACGGCGGCCGAGUUCAAGGACCGUCGAGCAGAUCGAGCUGAUCCGAAGAGUGGCGUUUCGGCGUUGUUGGGCCACCGCCGCCUGGGCAAGUGGUGGUUGAGACCGUUGAGACCUGCGCCUCCGGCCGCCUCCUUCAGACAGGCCGCAGUGGUGCGGCGCCACGAUGAGGCCAGGGUGGAUUGGCGCCAGAAUCUGGUGAGCAGUAACUAUGUGAAGCAGCAGGGUGCCUGCGGCUCAUGUUGGGCCGUGGCUGCCGCGGGCGCGCUUGAAAUCCACGCGGAGAUCGCGAUGAAGCAGCAACAUUCCAAGCAGGUCCCAAAAAAUGUGUCCUUCAAGCAACUGGUGGAUUGCACUCCCAAUCCCGAGCAUUGCGGUGGAGACGGUGGCUGCGAGGGAGCCACAUCCGAACUGGCCUUUGACUAUGCCUCCAAGCACGGACUCCACGAUGCUGAACAUUAUCAUGGAAAUAUCAACCGCUGA